CUGGUUCCCCCAUAACCCCAAAAUGGCAACCCUCAGGGCAAUGGCCCUUUUUGCCCUAAACCCAGGCCUGCCUGCAGUGCAGAUAUUUAAUUCCAGUGGAUAUUCCAGGGUGAGCCAACGAUGCUCAGAGAGGACUCCAUCCAUGCAGGGUCUAAUGGUGGCAAGCAAUGGGAAACAUGUUUAACCUUGUUCUUAGCAUUCCAGUAGCAUGGAAUUACUUCCACUUCCCACAAUUCUGAAGUCUAGCGGCACAUUGGGAUGUAAUGAUACAGCGCUACGAAAUAUGUUGGCGCUAUAUAAAUACAAGAUGGAACCAUGAUGGAGGAUGGUUAGAAAUGUGGGGGCCAUAAAGAUGAAUCUGAGGAGGCACAGUAAAUGGGGAAGAGGAAAAGGCAGAGUAAAGUAGGAAGUGAUAGAGGAGGCAUCAAAUAGUGGGAAGGAGAAGAGAAGCAGAGGAGACAUAAUAAACUGGGAAGUGGUAGAGGAGGCACAGAAUAUUGUGAUGGGGAAGAGAAUCAGAGGAGGCAGAGUAAAUGAAGAAGUGGAAAAGGAGGCACAGUAAGUUGGGAAGGGAAAGAGAAGCAGAGGAGGCACAGUAAAUUGGGAAGGGGAAGAGAAGCAAAGGAGGCAGUAGUACAUAGGAAGUUAAAGAGGAAGCACAGAAUAUUGGGAAGUGAAAGGUAGGUUGAGGAGGCACAGUAAAUUGGGAAAAGGGAAGCAAAUUGGGAAGGGAAAGAGAAAGAGGGGAGUCACUGUAAAUUCGGAAUGAAAAAGGAGGCACAGAAGGUUGGGAAGGGGAAGAGAAUCAGAGGAGUCACAAUACACUGGGAAGUGGAAAAGGAGCAGAGGAGGCACAGUACAUUCAGAAGGGGAAAGGCAAUGGCUGCACAAAGCAAGAACCGUUGGGUCUAGAACUGCAGAGAGAUUUGCAGCAGAAAUUCAGAAAAUGAGGAAAGGAAUGAACUGAUUCACCGCAACACCAGACAAAGGAAGAAGCUGUGGGGGAAGAGCCCUCCCUACAUUGGGUCAGUGUUUCCUCCCUCCGGCUGCUUUUCCCCUUCUGUUUUUCAGAGAAAAUCCGUCUGCUGAGAUAAGGAAGAAGAGCUGAACAGCAGCAGCUCAGGGGGGCCCUGGGGACCAUGGAAGUAUUACACCAGCCAUCCUGUCUCAGCACCUGAUCACAGAGUUAUAAAUCCCACAGCUUGAGCUGGAACCUUCACAUGGCCACAAUACUGAAGCAGAGAGAACUAAAGGCAGAGAGGGAGGAACACAGAGCAGCAGAAUGAGAGAGUGAUGGGGGGGGAGCAGAAGGAGGGGCUCCGAGAGAAAACAGAAAGAGAAAGGGGGGGGCGAUACAGAGGUUUGGGAGGAAAAUGGAAUAAAACCGAAUUGAUGAUUAGAAGAGACAACGAGGCAUAAGAGGAGGUGCAAGAGAUAAGAAUGCAGAGGCUGAAGAUUUUGGGAGCUGUCCAGUGCUGAAAGGCAGGAAUCUGCAGUGAGGACCCUGGUCCCUGUCCAGUGCUGAAAUACUGGAUUCUGCAGUGAGGACCCAAGUGCCAGGCCAGGGCUGAAGGACUAGAUGCUGCAGUGAGGACCCGAGUGCCAGGCCAAGGUUUAAAAAAGACUGGAUGGACCAGAAUGCCAGGCCAGUCCUGAAAGCUUCAGUGAGGACCAAAGUCCCUGGUUAGUCCUAAAAGAUUCAGUGAGGACUUGAGACCCUGGCCAUUCCUGAAGGUUGCAGUGGGGACCUAAGUCCCUGGUCGGCCCUUAAAGAUUCAGUGAGCACUCAAGACCCUGGCCAGUUCUGAAAGCUGCAGUAAGGACCUGGAUUCCUGGCCAGUGCUGAAAGGCUGGAAGCCUCAAGAAAGAUCUGGUUACUGCCCAGUGCUGUAUUAUCCAGACCCAUGGUACCCAGCAGAGGCAACCCUGAUUCUGAGGGUUGGGGCCACACACCUGUCCUUCCACAGGCUCAUUCUCUCUGACCCUGACAGCAGGACAUUUUGUCACUGUUUUUAGUUAGAGCGGAGGGGAGGCUCACAUUUAUGCCCCACCUGCACCUCUCUCCUCCGCUCUUGUUUUUGUUGUGGUUACUCCCAUAAUCAUUUCCCUCUUUCAUCUCCCCCUCAUUCCUGACCCCUUACCCUGCUCCCACCUCUUGCCUCUGGAGGGGAAGAGAAACAAUGCCAAGGUCCUUUCUGGUCAAAAAGGUGAAGGAUGGCUUCUGCUCAGCUGACAGUGAGAGUGUAUAUGGCAGACACCGGACGGACUUCAGCACACACCUCUCUGACAAAGGGUACAUCAGUGAGUACAUCCCACCUUCCGUUUAUGAUGGAGACAGUGAUGGAGUCAUCAAGGUCCCUUCUCCCGACACCCUCUACAGUACGGUACACAGUGAAUAUGGAGCGGUGGACUCGGAGCCCCCCGAUAGUCCACGUUCUGAAAUCACGGGUGGCUACAUCAAUGGAGACACAGCAGUGAGUGAGGGCUACUCGGUGGAUGCCUUCUUUAUCACAGAUGGGAGAUCUCGGCGCAAGGUGCUGAGUGGGGGGCGCUCCAUUCAGAGGCACAGCUGUAGCGAGUGCGGCAAGAGUUACGCCACGUCUUCCAACCUGAGUCGGCACAAGCAGACUCACCGCAGCCUGGACAGCAAACUGGCCAAGAAGUGCUCCACCUGUGGCAAGGUAUAUGUGUCCAUGCCGGCCAUGGCCAUGCACCUUCUCACCCACGACCUCAAGCACAAGUGUGAGACCUGCGGAAAGGCCUUCAGCCGGCCGUGGCUCCUUCAGGGUCACAUGAGGUCCCACACAGGGGAGAAGCCAUUUGCUUGUGCCCACUGUGGGAAAGCCUUUGCUGACCGCUCCAACCUCCGUGCCCACAUGCAGACCCACUCGACCUUUAAACACUACAAGUGCAAACGUUGCAGCAAGACCUUCGCACUCAAGUCCUACCUAAAUAAGCACUACGAGUCGGCCUGCUUCAAGGGAGCUGAGCCUCCAAUGAGCCCCCUGGAGGACUGAGCUGCUCUUCACCCAACAACCCAACCAUAGCUUUUUAGAAAGUUCUGGAAUCACAGCACCCCUGAGGGAAAGAAACUCACCUCUUAAGUUCUUCAUGAUCACCAACCUGCUAAAUCUGGUGCUGUUAUUUUCAUCCCCUGUGGGCCUGGAGCCUUUAAUGAGAGGCUGAAGUUGGAAGUGGGUGGGUGAUGUUGGGAUUCUCUCCUGUUUUUUAUUUAGGUUUUGAAUUGGAAUUCGGGUACUUGUUCAUGUUCUUCCUCAUUGCUACUUAAUGACUUGGGUGAGACGGGAUGAGCUUCUGUUCACAUUCUCACCCCUGGCCCUUUUGGCGUUAAUGUUUAUGUUGAGACAAAUAGCCGAAUAUUUUAAACCAAUAUGUUUGUAUUAACGUCAAAACUGUCAUGCAGAGAAUAUUGCCUCUACUUAUAUAGGAGCACAUGGUUGGGGUGCGAGGGUCAGCCUGUUUUCUAGGGGUACAUAGCGAUUUCUCUAGCUUUUAGUUGCUGUGGAAUACAGAAAGGCCUGCAGUUGGUCACUUUUAGUGAAAAGUUCCAAUGCGAGAGGUGGGAGAUUGAUGGGCCCAGGUCUCCCCCACUACAUGGAGGAACUGGAAGAUUGUGAAUGUAGGUAGGUAGGUUGUAGGAUCAGCACGAUGUUAGAGUCAGAUACAUUGGGAUACAGUUCAAUAAAGGGGUUGGUACGUGUCUGUUCAUCAACGCUAUACAUUAAGUUUAUCCCACAGUGAUUUUAUAUCUAAUAUCUGAAACUAAAGCCAUUUUCUACUUCCUGAUCACAAAGAGCAAAGUCAAAACAACCAGCAAUCUACUUAAAAGCCUCUGCAUAAACAAACCCCAACCUGCCUACAGCCACUUCUCUUUCUAGAUAAAGAGCAACUUGUGACAAAGGCUUCAAAGUGGCUGCUGGUUUGUUGCCUUGGGAAGCUCCGCCCCUAUAGUCGGUCACAGAGCUGAUUACUGCACAUGCCCAGUGCAUUCUGCUCCAAUGGAAACUAACUAGGCAUGUGGGUAAGGAAAUGAUUUCUGCAGCACAUUUCAGCUUAUCUCUUAGUAAAGACUCAGUGUCGGCAAAGAGCGACAUCAUUUGGACAAUUUUUAGAGGCUUUUAAGUGAUUUUUUUUAAAAAAGGGCUUAUUUAUCCCUUAGGCCGAGAGCACUACCCUCGCUGCAUUGGUAUUGAGCUUGGAUAGGGCCCACUUUAAACUUAGAGCACUUUCCCCACUAUGUAAGUAUUACGCUUGGAUUGGGUUCUCUUUAGGCUUAGGACACGGCCCUCACUGAGCAAGUAUUACCCAUAGGGCCCAGUUUAGACUGGACUAUUGCCUCUGUGCAAGUAUUAAUCAUGGAUAAGGCCUAGUUUAGAUUGGACUAUUGCCUCUGUGCAAGUAUUAAUCAUGGAUAAGGCCUAGUUUAGAUUGGACUAUUACCUCUGCACAAGUAUUAAUCAUGGAUAGGGCUCAGUUUAUUUUAAACUAUUGCCUCUGUCAAGUAUUAAUCAUGAAUAGGGUCCAGUUUAGGUUGAACUAUUGCCUCUGUACAAGUAUUAAUCAUGGUUAAGGCCCAGUUUAGGUUAAACAAUUGCCUCUGGGGAAGUAUUAAUCGUGGAUAGGGCCAUUUUAGGUUGAACUAUUGCCUCUGUCAAGUAUUAAUCAUGAAUAGGGUCCAGUUUAGGUUGAACUAUUGCCUCUGUACAAGUAUUAAUCAUGGAUAAGGCCCAGUUUAGGUUAAACAAUUGCCUCUGUCAAGUAUUAAUCAUGGAUAGGGCCCAGUUUAGAUUGGACUAUUGUGGAAGUAUUAAUCAGGGGCAGUUGCAGGCCCACAAGGUGGAAUGGUAUUGGCUCGUUACAGGGAAAUGCUUGGCCAGAUAUGUCCUCACCUCUAAUCAAUAGACAGAAGGAGUUUGGGGGGAACCGAGCUCUUUUUGAUUCUCCUCUGUCAGAUGCUUCAUUGAAAGUUUCAUUUAGCAAAUAGUUAAUUCAUAUAUUAGUUUCAGUAGAAAUUCUCCCCUGUUCCUAUAGGGCUGCAAGAGAAGAGCGCCCCCAUCUGGGCUGUACAUAAGGUCAGACUGGUGGGUGCAGGGUCCAACGGGUCCACCCCAAACCCACCAAGGGGCCCCCACUGCACCCUACACCCAACUACAGGGGCCGCCACUACCACCUUCCCUCCCCCAGUGCACAUAAUUUAAACUUACCCUCAGCGCAUUGGUCUGGGGGAGCAGCAAAGGGGACGGGUUGUGGGCUGGCGGGGCCCAGUCUGACCCUAUUUGUGCCAAAGCCCAGGGACAAUAAUUAUGAUUCAGCUCUUUUAUGAUCUGUUCCUAAUGCACCAAAUUCCCACCAUGACUGCUGAGAUUUUGGGCUUCAAGCUUUUGGGGACCCAGCGGAGGAGGUGGUUGCAUGGAAGGGUGCAUGUGAUCCCGCAUGAGAUUUCAGCCCUGGUUUGGGUGUGGCCUGUAUGUUUCUAUUCAUGACAUUCACUGCUUGUAACCCCCCAGCCCCCAACAAUACAGGGUUUAGUGAUGGACUCACCACUGGGGUCUCAGAGAGGGAGGAGCAGAGUAUCUGACAGAGCAUCAUGGGAAAUGGCAGAUGUGACCUCUCCAGCCUUGAUGAACAGACCUGACCAGGGUUCCCCUUUGAAUGGAAGGGGCAUGUUAGGGGCAGAUAAAUAAGUUGGCACAUGAAUCAAGGGAAGCCAUAAGAUCAGUAUUGGAAAUGGAUUCGCAUUUAUGACAUUGAUCCACUUCCAGGUUCCUGGGGGGACACGUGAAUAUUAAUUGAAACUUAAGGGUCUUUCCAGACACAGGUAUGUGCUCUUGCCCCAUUGCUGCCAACCCUACCACUUACCCACUGCCUAUUCCUCCCUGUAAUAAAACUGAAGCUUAAGUUUUCCCUUCCACAUAUCAGUGGAUCUAAGAACCCUCCUCCCCAUUUAACCCCCCCCCCAUGGCAGCAAAAGGGUAAAAUCAUGACCCUAUUUCAUGAAAUAUCACUUGUCCUAUUCCCUCUUAAUCUUCCACAUCCGGGGGCUCAAUUCCAUUGCCUGGGGUGAAACAUCUGACUUGAAUUUUUUUGUAGGAAAGUCAGUAUUUGGGCAGUGCCAGGGUGGCUGUGCCCCAUGUGCAAUAGAGUUGACGCCCGCAUUUUAGAAUCAGACUUGUUGCAUGUUGUGUCUCGCUGAUUCUGCUUUUCAAUUGCACUUAAUAUUGCGCGGAAUGCGCCCCGAGAUGCACCAGGAAAUCCAAUCAGCGCAUCCGCCCGAAUCACCCGUUUUAUAAGGAUCUGGGGUGUGUUUUUAUUCACGGCUUUUAGCAAUAAUCUUCAACGUCACCAGAUUCUUCCUCCAAAUUGUCACUGGGCAGCGCGGGGAGAGCGACGAGGCACCGGGAUUUCAUGCCAAAGCUUCAGCCACUUUUUAUUUGGACACAAUCACAAGAUUUAGGCAAAACAAGUGAAAAGAGCAAAUGGGAAUAAGAAAUAAAGGGGUAACCAAUAAUAAGCUUAGGGAUAGGGCUAGGGGGGGCUGGGGUUCAGCCCACCGUGUGCCGUUACUUUGGGGGGGGUUUGCAUGCCACAUUCUGGAAUCUAUGCCAAUUUUGUAGGGUUUGGGGUUUUUGCCAAAUGUUAGUGCUUAGUUGCAAUAUAUUCCCGAGCGGAAGAAGAAGCAAUAAUAAUAAUAAUACUCAUAUAAUAAUAAUAAUGAUAAUGAUAAUAAUGCAUGCAGUUUGUAGGUAUGCGGUGAUUCUGAGUGAUCAGGUACUGCCUCAUUAUUCUAAUAUCAGGGAUUAUUUGCUUUGGGGAAUAGGGGGGCAGCAGUGCAUGUGGGGUCUCUCUACUCUCAGUGCAUUAUUGGCACCCCCUUUGCUUCCAGACCCCCAGACCCACCUGCCUCUCCUGCAGACCAUUGUGCCAAGGGCAUUGCCCAAACGGAGAGAUUUACCCCCCUGCACCGAGACUAGGGGAAUAUUGGGCCCAGGACACAGGGAGAUCAGAGCCAUUCGUAUUGUGCUUAGAAUUCCCCAGACAGCACUUUAUUCUGCAGGUCAACAUUUAACCCAAAACCAUUGGGGUUGCCCCUCCCCCUGCAGAAAAUGUAAGAGCUUAUUAGGCACAAGGCAGGGGGUAUUACAGGCAAUAAUCAGUAACAGCCAAUGAAAGGGAAUAUGUGAGCUCGGAGCUGCCCCCUGCAGGAGAGCUAGUGCAGCACAUGGAUCUACGGAGAGAGAGAAGGGUCACAUUAGUGUCUGAGUUCUGGAAGCAAUGGGAGCAGCGUUUCCCCAAUGUGUCACAUGCACUGCAGCUUUAACCCUUAGUCUGCCAACACUCCAAUGAGUGGGCAGCCCUUCCGGCAGAGGGAGGGGGUUCUUUUGAUAUUUCCAUGUAUCGUUCAUGUUAUGCAUUGCCUGCAGCCACUCGGCUCACGUUAGAUAAGAAUUUGCAAGAAAAAAGGGACUUUUUGGAUUUAAAAAAAAAUGAAAAAAAGCUUUGAAAUACUUUGCGGAUGUUUGAGAGGAGAAGUCGCCGACUCCCAGUGAUUCACAGAGAGGAGUUUUUAUUUUUUAUGGAAAUCAGCCAAUUCCUCGUGUGAAACACAUUUUGUCGGAGUCGUUGGGGCGUCGGAAAGAAAAGCCAUGCGGAGAAAUCGGACAUUUCCGGAAGCACUUGGAUUGCUCUCAUUUAGCGAUAACCCUCUUAUUUACUCUUCAUAAUGUGAAAACAGCACAAUAGUACUACUGAGUAUUACUCUGUGGCGCCUUUCCUUGCCCGAGCACCUCACUGCCCCCCAAAACUGUCUCUUUCCUAUUCAGACUGGCUGCAGACACCCACAUAUUUACCUCUGCACCCCACAAUUGCCCCAUUAUUAUUAUACUGCCCCUAAACAAACAAGGGACACAUUAUUCAAGCCGACGUUUCGGUGGAACAAAUACCUCGUACAUAGGGAACCACUUGGGGCUGCAAUGGAAUAUUGCCCAGUGACCCACUUGCACAAUGACAUGGACACUGGAUAAACCAAUUGGAGGCAAAUAUUACACUAUCACCCCCACCUGCCCAUUUCACUUCUCCAGUUACCCCUGAGGCACUAGGGUCGAUGCCAUUAUUGGGGGUAAAACUUGGGCAAAGGACCAGGGCAGUGACAUCAGUAGACAGGGGAUCAAAAGCAGAACCUCAAUAUCAGGCAGGAGGGUCAGUCCCCUUUUUCAGGCUAUGAUGCUGGGGGCACAACUGGCUUCAUUUUGGGUUUGGGUUUCACAUCACUCAAACUGGUCGGUCCCUAGAAAAACUGGAAUGUUUGGUUCAUUCCUAACAGGUGGCAAAUCUAGGCCCCUAAAGUUAUAUACAAGAAAAGGGAUUUAUGCUGUUAGAACUGGCUACUUAAAUAUUUAUAUCAACAUGUGUAUGAAUAAAAAGGCAAUGUUUAUUAGACAACGAAUCACAAUACAAGUAAAAACACUUAAAACCAAUCAGAGCUGUUAAGUAAAAGAAGGGUCCCCUCCUAUUUUAGUUAUAGGACUCUAUAGAGCUUCAUUCAAGUAAUGCGCAAAUCAACAUGGACUAUAAUGCAGAAAAAAAUGAAUAAUGAAGGACCAUGAAGUUGUCUAUUGAGGUGUCCAAAUUUCAACAGAUGUAUCCAUAGGUCCAAACUGCAGUUAGUGUCCCAUGUUGUUUAGUUUGUAAAAAAUAACCUGUAAUGGAUUUAUAAAAUCCUGGGCAUGUGUAAAUAUCUUGGUCCCUUGUGAUGAUCCUGUUUCCAAGGGAAGAUGAAAUGUGCCAAGUCAGGAUGGACAGAGUCUAUAAGGGGGGCUGAGAAGUAAAUAUGAGGACAACAUUAGAUGUUGGAGGAGAUUAGAGGUGAGUGAAUGUUCCAGCACACGGUGAGUAAUGAAGCCGGCGGCUAUUGCUCAGUGAAUCAGUGUAGAGCAGAAAUAAUUCCCUUUAUCGAUGUGCCGAGUGAAACAACAUGUGUGGCAUCUUCACAGAGUUAAUAAAUGUGCUACUUAUCUGUAACACCGCUCCACUUUAGACUCCAUAUUCAAGCUUUGAAGUCAUGUUAUCUGGUGCCUACACCUCGCUGAUCCAAACAAACACAGACGCCAUGUCGACUUGUCCUAAAUCCAUCCGGCUCAUAUCUGGCCCCUCCUCCACUCACAGCACCUAACUGGAAUGUUUGGUUCAUUCCUAACAGGUGGCAAAUCUAGGCCCCUCCCAGUUCCUGCCCUGUGAUGUCAUUGCUCUGCCCCUGUUACAUCAUCAUCAUCCUGCUCUAUUAUAUCAUCAUCCCAUCCCCGGUGGCUGAUUAUAUUUACUGCUAAAGCUGGAAACCCUGAUAGCAGCCCAACUGCCCCUGGGUACAGAGAUGUCCAAACUUCUGUCUUCCAACAGUUGUUCAAUUACAACUCCCAGCACCCCUCUCUGCAGAGGCCAGACAUAACAAAGGGCCCCAUCUAAUGACAAGGCCUGGCUCAAGACAUUUGCCCCCAGUCUGAAUGGAAAAAAGACACCGAGCCCCACUCCAUCUAGUGAAACCUCUCUCUGACCCCAAAGGCUAGCACUCUAUGUGAUGCUGCUCAGACAAGGAAAGAGCCACAAAACCUUCAGGUAUUUCUGCACUUGUUGCAUUUAUUUAAGAUAAAAAGUGGGAACUUAUGGAUUUUUGUACUGGGCUCAUCGCUCGUGGCCUCUGUGUAAAUAGGAGAUUUGGCAGCCAUUUUUUUCCGGCUGUUUCAAUAUGAGGCUGGGGGGGGACCUUUCUUGAGGGAGUUAAUGAGUUCCCAAAGCCCCUUUCCCCUUGGGGGGGCCACGUAGUUGGGAUUAUAUUUUGCGCAUACUGAGGGGGCUGUUAGAAUGGAAAGCACAAUGUACUUAUAAUAUGCCUUUAAUGCACCUCCCAAUAAACAAUUCAAGCAAAA